AUGGGCAUGUGGUAUCAUGUCUCCGAGCCCAACUCGUACCUCGUCGUCACUGGCGCAGGUAUCGAGAGGGUGCGCCUUGCGAAGAAAUGCUUCGUCUAUCCUAUGCAGAAGGUCACGAAGAUCAGCAUCACUCCCUUCGACUUCUCCAUGUCCCUCCUCGCCAUGACGAGCGAAAAGCUGCAAUUCUCACUUCCAGCUGUCUUCACCAUCGGCCCAGAAGAUGCAAUGGAGUCACUCACCAAGUAUGCUGUCCUCCUCACUGGCGACUCAGAUGGCCAAGCGUCGACCGGUAAGCGUGGCAUGGUUGGCACUGGUCGCAGCCACGUUCAAGACAUUGUCAAGGGCAUCAUUGAGGGUGAGACGAGAUCGAUCGUCUCGAAUAUGACGAUGGAGGAGCUGUUCAACAAUCGACGACUCUUCAAGGCCCAGGUCAUUGACUGUGUUCAGAAGGAGUUGGAUCAGUUUGGCUUGAAGAUUUACAACGCGAAUAUCAAAGAGCUUCAGGAUACUGGAGACAGCAAGUACUUCGACAGCUUAGCCCGCAAAGCUCAUGAAGGUGCCCAGUCACAGGCACAGGUCGAUGUUGCCAAUGCCCGCAUGAUAGGACGUGUCGGCGAGGCUGAGAAGGAAGGCGAAGCCAAGCAGAAGAUCGCCAAAAUCAACGCUCACACCGCCGUCCUUGAGACUGAGCGCAAAGUCGAGAAGGCAAAUGCCGACCAAAAGCUGAAGACUCGUGAGAUCGAAAUCGCUCGCGCCAUCAAUCUUGAGCAGAUUGGCGCACAGCGUGCUGCUGAGCAGCGUGAUGCUGAACUGCAGAAGGAUGUCGAGACGCAGCGCGCUCAGAUGGAGCUGGCGCGUCUCCGUGCGACUACUGUUACGCAAGCCAAGAUUGCGAAGGAGUCUGCGCAAGAAAAGGCCGAUGCGGAUCUUUACACCCAGACCAAGAAGGCCGAUGCACAGCAGUACAACCAGGAAGCCGAGGCGAAAGCUACAUACUACCGAUCGCAACAGGAUACGGACGCCGCCAAUUACAAGCGUACGAAGGACGCUGAGGCUAUGCUACUGGCUCGUGCCAAGGAGGCUGAUGCCAUGUACAUGAUGAAGGAGCGCGAAGCGCAAGCCAACUACUUCCAAAAGGAGCGGGAAGCUGAAGCUGCCUACAUCGCCCGCAAGCGCGAGGCAGACGGUCUCAUGGACAUGGCCAAAGCCUACGGCGCCCUCUCCGACGUAAUGGGCGGUCCCCAAGGCCUUAUGCAAUUCCUCAUGCUGCAGAACGGCACCUACGAACGCCUAGCCGAGCAGAAUGCCAAGGCCAUCCACGGCCUGCAGCCAAAGAUCAAUGUCUGGACCACUGGAGGUGAGAAUGGCGGUGCGGACCAGAGCAUGGCGCCUAUUCAGAAUCUGUUCAAGUCGCUUCCGCCGCUGUUUAGCACGAUUCAGGACCAGACGGGCAUGACGCCGCCGAGCUGGAUGGCGAAUAUGCCUAAGGGUGAGAAUGAGGUGCCGAAGGAUGGCAAGAGUGAGAGGAGGGGGAAGGCUCUGACGAAUGGGCGUAAGUAG